CUGAGCGGAGCAUCACAACCAGCCGCAUUCAAGGAAACAGCCAAACACAGCACUUUUUUUUCUUUUCUUUGUGACUUUCCCCACAAUGCUGUUUUCGUACAACAACACCUAUCUUUAAUAAGAAGAAACAGAUAUAUUCGACGUGGACGCCCUUAUGGAAGCCGCUUGUCUUUGAAAAGCUGGGAGUCUCUGCCCAGGCAAAAAGAGGAGACCCGCUCAAUUGUUUCCUGCGCCAAGAACUGUAAAGACAUGGUCAUUACACCGCAUCUGUGAUGAACAGUGAGCAGUGAGCGUGAGGAAGUGUCAGAGGAUGCUCCUGAUCUGCGGGGCCCAGUGCUGAGGGAGGUCCACGGAGCCAACCGGUGCCCACCAUGUCUCACCACCAACACUACCAGCGAGGCCCCCAUGGCCGCACCAUGAGCUCCGAGGAGAGGAGCUCCACACCAGUCAACAAGACCUCCACACCGGUUCACAAGAGCGCCUCCUCCUCUUCCUCCUCCCAGCGCGACAGCCGGCAGGAGGCAGACAGCUGGGAAAUCAUCGAGGGGCUGAAAAUCGGUCAGAGCAACGUCCAGAGGCCAGAUAAACAUGAGGGUUUCAUGUUGAAGAAGCGGAAAUGGCCCCUGAAAGGCUGGCAUAAGCGUUUUUUUGUUCUGGACAAUGGUAUCCUGAAGUACUCCAAGUCCCCCAUUGAUAUCCAGAAAGGCAAACUGCAUGGCAGCAUCGAUGUCGGCCUGUCGGUCAUGUCCAUCAAAAAGAGAGCCCGUCGCAUCGACCUGGACACUGAGGAGCAUAUCUAUCACCUGAAGGUCAAAUCCCAAGACAUCUUUGAUGCCUGGGUGUCCAAGUUGCGUCAUCACCGGCUUUACAGGCAGAACGAGAUUGUACGAUCUCCCCGGGAGGCCACCAUGCGGACGUUUCCUCCACCAGCUGCCAUAGAGUCCCCCCAACCUGCCCCCAGUGUGGGACAUGAAGCCAAGCAGGCCAAGCCAAGCAGCUUGCCGUGGCAGCCGGUGGUCCCUAGUAACAGCAGCAACAGCAGCCUGCCCGCCUCCUACAGUAACGGCCAGAGCAAGGUGGUUGCUUGGCUGCAGGAAUCAGAGGAGAUGGACAAGUGCGCAGAGGAGCUUGCGCGAUGCCAGUCCAACCUGACCGAGCUGAGCCGGUUAUUGCAGAGUCUGGAGAUUCUACAAAGGACGCAGUCUGCGCCCAACUUCACAGAUAUGCAGACCAAUUGUGUAGAAUUGUCAAAGAAAGAAAAGCGCUUGAACAGAAGAUGGCGAACAAAAAGUGUCGGCAAAGAUGCGAAAUUCCAGCUUCAGGUCCCUCUCUCUGCCAGCAUGUCCCCCAUCCGCCUCCACUCAUCCAACCCCAACCUGUGUGCCGAGCUGGUGGACUUUCAGCCCUCUGCCUCACGGCUGGCAGACAGCGUAGAGUGCGCCAGUGAUUACAUUAAACUGCAGGAGGAAUUCUGCACCAUUGCCCAGAAAGUCCACUCUCUGCUGAAGUCGGCCUUCAACACAGUGGCUAUAGAGAAAGAAAAGAUCAAACAGAUUCUGUGUGACCAGGAACAGUCAGACCAGUCAACCCAGAUCAACUCUCUCAGGAAGUCUCUGUCACAGGCCCUGUCCCAAAACUCAGAACUUCGAACCCGACUCAACCGCAUCCACUCUGAAUCAGUCCUGACAGAACAAGUUGUCAGUGUGAACAUCAUCUCCACGCCUGAUGAGGCUGUGGAACAGAUGGGGAUCCCUCUGACUCAGCAGGCCUCUAAUGAGAGCCGACUCUCCAUGUCGGAGUCUGUCUCCGAGUUCUUUGAUGCCCAGGAAGUGCUUCUGUCAGCCAGCUCGUCAGAGAAUGAGGGCUCAGACGAUGAGUCAUAUGUCAGUGAUGUGAGCGAUAACAUUUCGGAGGACAACGCCAGUGUGACUGAUAACGUCUCCAGACAAAUGGCCAACGGAGACUUUGCUGGUGGUGCCUUCCGUAACGGGCGGCGUACCUGCCUGCCGGCACCCUGUCCUGACACCAGCAACAUCAACCUCUGGAACAUCUUACGAAACAACAUCGGCAAGGACCUGUCGAAAGUGUCCAUGCCCGUGGAGCUCAACGAGCCUCUCAACACCCUGCAGCGUAUGUGCGAAGAGCUGGAGUACAGCGAGCUGCUGGACAAGGCUGCUGAGACCGAGGAUCCCUUUGAACGCAUGGUUCUCGUUGCUGCUUUUGCCAUCUCAGGCUACUCAUCCACUUACUACAGAGCAGGAAGUAAGCCAUUCAACCCGCUACUCGGAGAGACGUAUGAAUGUAUUCGAGAAGACAAGGGCUUCUGUUUUUUCUCUGAGCAGGUGAGCCACCACCCUCCCAUCUCCGCCUGCCACUGUGAGUCCAAGAACUUCACCUUCUGGCAAGAUGUAAGAUGGAAAAAUAAAUUCUGGGGAAAAUCAAUGGAGAUUUUACCACUCGGCACCGUGAAUCUUAUGAUUCCCAGGUUUGGAGAUCUCUAUGAAUGGAACAAAGUCACCACCUGUGUGCACAACAUCCUGAGUGGACGCCGGUGGAUCGAACACUACGGGGAGAUCACUAUCAGAAACAUGAAGAGCAGCAGCUGCCUCUGCAAACUUACGUUUGUCAAGGGAAACUACUGGAGUUCUAAUGUGAACGAGGUCCAAGGAUUUGUGAUGGAUCAGGAAGGGAAAGUGAUCCACAGGCUUUUUGGAAAAUGGCAUGAGGGCCUUUACUGUGGCGUCCCGCCUUCUGCCAAAUGUAUCUGGAGGCCAGGCUCCAUGCCCACAGACUAUGAGCUGUACUACGGCUUCACCAGAUUCGCCAUUGAACUGAAUGACCUUUGCCCCGAGCUGAAAGACGUCCUGCCGCGCACAGAUGCCCGAUUCAGGCCCGAUCAAAGGCAUCUGGAAGAAGGGAACUUGGAGAUGGCAUCCUCAGAUAAGCAGCGGAUCGAGGACCUGCAGAGAACCAGGAGGAAGUGUAACGAGGAGAACAACAUCAAACAGGAGCCGCGCUUCUUCAAGAAAGUGGUUGAUGGCAAUCACAGGGAGAGAUGGGUCUCCAACAACACGUACUGGGAGCUCCGCAAAAACCCCGGCUUCAUCAAUAUGGAACCUACAAUGAGCCUGUGGUAGCACACGGAUUUCUAUGUACAUCAUGUAGUCAUCGCAGACACGAAGGCGGUUACCUAUGCACAACAAGGUGUUAAAGAGAAACAUGUUAACUAUAAAAACAUCCGUGUGCAUGGAUACGAACGACUGCAGAGCUGAAGGGUGGCCCGAUGCCCAGCGACCCCCGUUGCCACAUGGUCAUCCGUCCAUGGAAACGACUUCUAGGAUCACCUUCAUUGUGCUUGUCGAAGCCGGGUUGUCAGGGCAACAAUCGCACCACUCAUACGUAGACCUUUCCUCAGCUCCUUUGACUUCCAAGUAUGUCCUUGCCUUAAAAAGACACCCAUACAAGUCACGUGAUUUAGCGCUUUUUUUUAGUUGGAGCCGUCUGAUUUCUGACAGCCGUCGGGGUUAGACUAAUCUAAGAAGUAGACAUUUUGAUUACCUACGAUACCGUGCAUGUUUAGAGAGCAGCUUUCACUGGCAUUAAGCCGUAUUUACUAUAUCAUCAAUGUUGUAGAAAAAAAGAGGUAUUUUUAUAAAAUAUCUUGGACUCAGAAUUUAGUGAAAGAGUAUUAUGUGAAUUGGCAGAUUUUAUUUAUUUUUGCCUUUUAAUACUGUUGAAUCUUUGUGAUAGCAGUACUCUCUCUUGGGAAACAACUCGUUUAAAAUUCAUCUUGACUGCCGUAGAUAAAGUAUGAGGGUGAAUUUUUAAGGACGAGCUCUUAAAGUCGAACAAGGAGCCCCACCCUACAGGCCUUCACACCCCUUAUAGAUACUUUUUCUUUUAAAGCUGUCAACACAGAUCCACCAGACACCGCCACAGAGUUCAGUUCCUCGUCACGGUGGGAUUCUGUGUCUCAGAGUAAAUACUUCACCCCGUGACUCUGGGGCCAAGACCUCCACUGCCCCACGGUCUUAUUUUAGGCAUUGUAACAUGAAACCAGCUCCUCUGAAUCACAUGGUUACAUAAAUACAUGCAUAGACUCCCCUCCCAUAUAUAGCGGGCAAACAUUCAGUAUGUCCUCCUGCGUGAACGUGAUACAGAGAUCUGGUCUCAGUUAAAUAACAAGACUCUGAAAAACAUCUGACACAUCUUUAAGUCUAAGAAUAGAGAGUGUAAAGAUUGACCCCAUCAAGACCCCUGACACUAUUUUGUGAUUUGGGGUUAUUUAAACAGCAAAACAGGAGAGAAACAGUCACAUAUUUCCAGUAGGAGGCCAAACACUCAUCUACAUCCAGCCACAUGACUAAAGAGCUACAACAAUCAUUAUUUGACUAAUUAACAAAUCAGUUUUCUGUCAAAAUUAAUGCCAAAAUUGCCAUCACAGUUUACCAAAUCCCAAAGUGAUCAAAUCUUCAUCCUUAGACUGACUAGCAACUAAAAAUUUAAACUUAUAGUGAUAUGAGACAAAAAAAAGUUGCAACUUUUGUCAUUUAUGAAAAUAUUACCAGCAAAUGUUUGACAUUUUUCUUGAUAAAUGACUUCCAUUAUUUAAUCAAUCAAAACAGGACCAUAUUUUCUUUUAAUUAAUUAAUCAGUUAAUUAUAUCCAUGGCUGCUACAUAUAUUCAGUCCAUCAUGAAACAGCGGAGCCACCUGCAGAUCGCUCUGUGAAAAUGCAGUUUCUGGAAGAGAAUCUGUUCUUUUUUAUUCUGAAUGUUUUUAGAUGUUUAAGCCAAACUUUUUAAAAUGGGUCUGAUUCCCAAGAGAGUUUACUGCUACGAUGCUUCUGCAAAGCACCAGUUACUUAUUUGAAGUUUGUAUAUUUAUUGCAAAGCAGAUUAGCUUUAAUGUUUUAACCAGUGUCCCCCCCCCCCCCUUUUUGUGUUACAGAGUUAAGAAAAUAUAACACAGGGGGGCCUUUGAUUGAAAUCAACCCCCAACACGAGUAGUCACACAUUAUCCAAGCGUAUGAGGGCACAUUUAAUUUAAUUCCCCUCGUUCAGGACUGCAGAGUGAGGACACUGAAGGAGGAAAAAAAAAAAAAAAAAAGA